GUGGCGCACGAGAUUUACCGUAAUACCAGCCCACACCCCACUACAGGCCACACUCUUCACUACCUGUCCUGUUUACUGAUGUUGUAACCAGUUCAGGGGAUUCGGGUCAGCGGUUAUAACGGUCCUUCAGACCACAGAAAAGUUUUGGAAAAGACGAUGCGGGAAGAGGACUCCUCCCCAAUGGACAGUGCGGGGAACAGCGAGGAGGAGACCGACCGUCAGCUGCCGAGGAGAGGCGCGAGGAAGCGGCGGGCGACACGGAGGAUCGCGGACGCGGAGGAGGAGGAGGGAGACGUGGAGAUUCCGAGCCCCGGCAAGAAGAAAUGCAGAAAGAGCUGCGAUGGUGGUGGUGGAGGAGGCGGCAGCGCCGGGAGCGGCGGCAGCGAGGCCAGUAGCAGCCCAGCGCGCUCCUUCGAUGACCUCCAGACGCAGCGCGUGAUGGCCAACAUCCGCGAGCGGCAACGGACACAGUCUCUCAACGAGGCAUUCACGUCGUUACGUAAGAUCAUUCCCACCCUCCCGUCGGACAAACUCAGCAAGAUCCAGACGCUGAAACUGGCGGCCCGGUACAUCGACUUCCUGUGCCAAGUUCUGCAGAGCGACGAGCUGGACGCGCGAGGAACCAGCUGCAGCUACGUGGCGCACGAACGCCUGAGCUACGCGUUCUCGGUCUGGAGGAUGGGGGGCGCGUGGUCCCUGUCUACUGCGUCCCACUAGCAGGGCUGCUGUGGAUGGGACAGCACGAUUAUCCAGACUGAGGAACCAGUGGAUCAGGCCAACCUCUCAGUUAGACUGAAACACAGCCAAACACAGCUGAGGCCCAGGCACGGCCGCUCUGUGUCAGGCCUGAGAGGGGAGCGGGCUUUUCAAAUUUUCCUUUGCAUGGACUGUUGUGUGUGCAAGGGAGCACUUAGGACAGACAGGAUGGACAUGAAGAAAGAGAGACCACUGCGACUAUGAAUGUUGUAAAAACAAAAUGAGCUCUAAGGAACUGCUCUGUUUUGAAACAUGAGUGAAAAAUGAAAAUUCAUUCCACAUGCCCUGUGACAGUGUUUCACAGUAAAUGAAGUAUUUUGUAUUUAUUUUUAUACACAGGUUUGAAAUUUACUUUUCCCCUCUCAAAUAAAAGUUAUUUAUUUUUGGGAUAUCACAGAAUGCUGAAUGGAUCUGGAGUCUGCGCAUUUUGAGUAUUGUAAAUAUUUUGGUAAUAUCUUGAAUAAUAAAAAAUAUGAAGGUAUC